UGGAACUUCUUCUCUUUUACACAAAAGACAAAACCCAUAACCAAAAAUCAAAUCUUUCUAAAAUCCCAACUCAUACAACUUCAAGGGUUUGCACAAAAACAUGGCAACCUCUUUCCCUUUUCUUGGACCCAAUUCAAUAUUAUCUCCAUUUAUAGACAGAACAAGAACCUUAAACCCACUUUUCCACCGAACCCACUUUGGAAAUCUUGCAGUUAGCAAACCCUUUUCACGUGGCAUGCUAGGAGUGGCUAGAUUCGGGUCGGGUCAGGAUCCGUUUCUUGACCCGGAAAAUGCGGAGAUGAUUUUUAAGGACUUGUUUGCUAGAGCUGAAGGGUUAUUGUAUGCAGUUGCUGAUGCCGCUGUUGUUUCGGGUUCUGGUGAUACAACGGUUGUUGAUGGUGCUACUGAAAGUGCUAAACAGAAUAGUAGUGAUUGGCUCUCUGGUAUUACUAAUGGAAUGGAGGCUGUUUUGAAGGUUUUGAAAGAUGGGCUUUCAACUUUACAUGUGCCAUAUUCUUAUGGUUUUGCAAUCAUUCUACUGACGAUACUAGUAAAAGCUGCCACUUUUCCUCUAACUAAAAAGCAGGUAGAAUCAGCAAUGGCAAUGAAAUCUAUGGCACCGCAAAUAAAGGCUAUUCAGGAGCGAUAUGCUGGAGACCAGGAGAGGAUUCAACUUGAAACUGCUCGACUUUAUAAAUUAGCUGGCAUAAAUCCACUGGCAGGAUGUCUGCCAACCCUUGCCACUAUACCUAUAUGGAUUGGGCUUUACAGAGCACUCUCAAAUGUGGCAAAUGAGGGACUUCUGACCGAAGGCUUCUUCUGGAUACCCUCACUAGCUGGUCCAACAACAAUUGCUGCCCGACAAACUGGAAGUGGCACCUCUUGGCUUUUCCCUUUUGUAGAUGGUCAUCCUCCCCUUGGUUGGUCUGAUACUUUUGCUUAUCUUGUCUUGCCUGUACUGUUGGUUGUUUCCCAGUAUGUCUCUAUUCAAAUCAUGCAACCAUCCCAACAGAGUGAUGAUCCAAAUGUGAAGAACUCUCAAGCAAUAACUAAGUUUCUCCCUUUAAUUCUUGGUUAUUUUUCACUGUCAGUUCCUUCUGGUCUGAGCCUAUAUUGGUUCACAAACAACAUACUUAGCACUGCUCAACAAGUAUGGCUACAGAAGUUUGGGGGUGCAAAAAGUCCAGCCCUGAAAUUAACUGAUGAUACUUCUAGGAAAGAAAAACGUGGGGGUGCAAAAGUUCCAACCCUGAAAUUAAAUGAUGAUACUUCCAGGAAAGAGCAACCUCAAAUUCAGAAAUCAGUCUCUGAAGCAACAAUAGCUAAAAAGAAAGACCAGAAUCCUACUUCAGAUAGGCCCCGCCAGGGUGAUAGGUUUAAACAGUUAAAGGAACAAGAAGCAAGAAAACGGCAACAGAGGGAGGAGGAGAAGAGGAGAGCCGAGAUAGAAAAUAGGAUUGUAACUGACUCUAUUAAUGGUGAUUCUACGUCUCCGAGUCGCGACACUUCCACUUCUGAAGACUAUCGUGUUGUAAAUGGUGGUAGUCCUUCUUCGGAAGUGAAGGAAGACGAAAGAGUUCAGACUGGUGAAAUUUCAGAUGAUCACCACCAUGGAGAGGGUCAGCAUGUUUCUGACGAAAGAAAGAAGGGCGAAACUGUUACUUCUACCCGAGCUGCAGAUAACAAACUUCCACUUGAAGAUGCACAAGAAGACACAAGCGAGUAAGCAACUUAAACAAAGGCUAUACAUUUUACACUCGUAACGUGAGGAUACUUGAAUCUGCUGAAGUGCAUCAGAAACCUGAUGCAAAUAUUGAGUUCACAAGCUUGGAGGACCAUGUUUGGUUGAGAUUUUACACUUGGAGGCUGCAAAGAUGUAAAUUAUGAUGUUCAAGAGAAUGAGGAAUGGCGAUUGAGACUUGAUUUUUUUUAUGAGCAUAGUUGGAUAAGUAGUGUAAAGAAUCUGCUGUAUUACCUAAAAAAGAUUAGCAUCAUAGGUUUGAUAUUAAUACACCUAGCAUAUACCAAUGAAGUAGAAUUGUUGUAGAACAGUGCUAUAUUCUGUCAUAUUUGUAUCUCAUGUGUCAUGGAGCGCUUUCUUCUUUUUC